UCAUCUUUCCAUCCACUUGAGCAUUUCCAUCUCAAACAAUUCUGUAGCAAGCAAAAAUUGCAGUCGGCCAAUCCAAUCCAAGUAAGCUUUCAUGGUGAUUUCACCAUUCCUGCACAUCUUCUAACAAGAAACCAAGCAAUUUUCUUCAAUGGAAGCCAUCAAUGGCCUGGGAUUAACUCCAAUUUCAGUUCUUUCCGAUAGAACCAGAAGAAAAGAACCCAUAAAGAUCUCAUCUUUACCUUGUUCAAAAGAAUCAAAACACAGAUUUUUCAUUAAUCUAUCAGAAUCCGCAUCAAGAAACAUAAAUGGAGGAAUGGCUGCUUUACUAUCAUCAAUCAUUACCGUAGCAGACAAUGCAAGAGCAUUGACAUAUGAAGAAGCCUUACGACAGUCAGAAACCACCUCGGAUUUUGACUUCGGAGGACUGAUUAACUACGCCGUCGAGAAUUCAGCUGUUAUAAUCGGAGGUGCCGCCAUUUUAGCUGUUCCUUUGGUUUUGUCUCAGAUUCUUGGAAAAUCCAAACAGAAACCGUGGGGAGUUGAUACUUCAAAAAAUGCUUUUGAAAAGUUGGGUUCUGAAUCGAAUACCCAAUUGCUUGAUAUAAGAUCCCCAUCUGAUAUAAGGCUAGUGGGUAGUCCUGAUAUUCGAGGAUUGAAGAAGAAGACUGUAACUGUUACUUACAAUGGGGAAGAUAAAUUAGGGUUCUUGAAGAAACUAUCUUUUAAGUUUAAGGAACCAGAGAGUACAACGUUGUUCAUCCUAGACAAAUUUGAUGGGAACUCUGAACUGGUUGCAGAGCUAUUAACAUCCAACGGAUAUAAAUCUGCUUAUGCCAUUAAAGAUGGUGCUGAAGGACCAAAAGGAUGGACGAAGAGUGGUCUUCCUUGGAUAGAACCAAAGAAGUCUGUCGGCUUAGAUUUCAGCAGUUUAACCGACGCCAUUGAAGGAUUUGGUGAAGCUGCUGGUGUUUUGUCUAUAACUCUUGGUCUUGCUGUUGCUACUGGAUUGAGUUUAUUUGCAUUUACAGAGGUAGAAACAAUACUUCAGGUUUUGGGAUCAGCUGCAAUUGUUCAAUUUGUCAGCAAGAAAUUCCUUUAUGCAGAGGACAGGAAACAAACUCUGCAACUAGUCGACGAAUUCUUAACAACCAGAAUUAGUCCAAAUGAAAUUGCUGAUGAUAUCAAGCAAAUUGGGAUCGCUCUUCUACCACCAGUCUCAGUUAGCAAAGCUCUUCCGAUAGUUAAGCCAUCGAAAACACAAGAGCCGGAGGCCGAGACAGAGCCUAAGCCGGAGCCAGAGACAGAGCCUAAGCCGGAGCCAGAGACAGAGGCAGGGCCUAAGCCGGAGCCAGAGACAGAGACAUGGCCUAAGCCGGAGCCAGAGACAGAGACAGGGCCUAAGCCGGAGCCAGAGACAGAGACAGGGCCUAAGCCGGAGCCAGAGACAGAGCCUAAGCCAGAAGUGGUUUCUGCGUUUAAGCCUCCAAAAACAGAAGAGACAGUGGCUGUUCCUAGAAUUCCAAGAUCACUUUCACCUUACCCAUAUUAUCCAGAUCUCAAGCCUCCAACAUCGCCUUCUCCAUCAAAGCCAUAGAUUAACUGUUUUCCUUUAAUCAAGCAAUUUAUUUGCCAAUAAGGCUCCAGUGGUUUCAAUAUUUUAAAUUGUUUUCAUUAGAAGAUCAUUUUGAGUGUUGGGUAUAAAUUUCAUUUUCAACUUC